UCCUGGCGAGCGCGUCGCCGCGGCGUCGGGAGAUCCUCGGGCUCGCGCCCAGGCUAUCCCACUUCUCCACACACGGCACACCGUCUGCGGGUGUCUCCUGCGGGUGAUCGACAGGCAUCGAGAGGGCGUGUCCUUCGAGGUCAUCCCGUCUGCCUUUGAGGAGUCGCUCAGCAAGGCCGCGCUGCCCCGGGCCCAAGACUACGCGCGUGAGACGGCGAGGGGAAAGGCGCUGGAGGUGGCGGCCCGCGUGUUCCAGGACGACCCCGAGACCCCGUACAUCGUCAUCGGAGCCGACACCGUCGUGGCCGUGGACGGGCUGAUCCUGGAGAAGCCGGCCGACCAGGAGGACGCCAUGCAGAUGCUGCGCAGGCUGAGCGGGAAGGAGCACGGAGUCAUCACGGGCGUCACCAUCGUUGUAAGGCGCCGUGGAGCAGGCCCCGCCCAGGAAGUGCUUGCCUUCCACGAGGAGACACGUGUGACUUUCUCACCGCUGUCCUACGACCUCCUUCGAGAGUACGUGGAGACCGGCGAGCCCAUGGACAAGGCUGGGGCGUAUGCGCUGCAGGCACGGGGAGCGAUGCUGGCCGAGCAUGUGUGCGGUGACGUCCUCAAUGCUGCAGGAUUCCCACUCAACCGCGUGUGCCGCGAGCUCGCAGGGCUGCUGCCUCCUGUGCCGGGGCAGGAAGUGACGGUUUCAGAAACCGGAAGUGACUUGGGGGACUAGAAGUGAUGUCACUGGCCAGGAAGUGACAUCAGACAGGGAGUGAGGCCAUCACAAGGGAAGGAAGUGAUGUCAUUGUAUGAGAAGUGACAUUGAUGGGGCCUGGAAGUGGUAUCAUCACAGACAGGAAGUGAUGUGUAUCUGAUUUGUGUUUGCAAGGCAUUUCUAUAAGAAAAAGGAGAAGGAAACAAUGCCUUAAACGAUUAUUUGAUUUUUGCCUCGAUUAGAGCUGUGCUGUGGAACUGCCCCUCAGUAUAGUCUCAUAAUAUUUAGAUGUUGCACAUUGAAUAGUGAUAAACAUGUAUCCAUAACCUUCUAAUAAGCAAAUUCUCCUUGAUAAAGUUGAUGAUACUCAUAUUCUUGUGGUGAAGUUUUUCAGUUUAUGGCGAGGUCAGUUUAUGAGAGUCAAGAAUGUUGUCGUAGAGAAACACUAAUCAUGACUAUGAUGAACAAAAAGUCAAUGUGUGUGCAUUCAAUGUGGAAACCUUUCAUUUGUUUUUUUAAUGGGUAUAUCAAUUGUCAGAAUGGAUGAAACCGUGUGAGCAUAGGGAUAUUAAAAGGAACAACGUACCUCUAUCUAUUUCAGAACAAUGAGAAUAUAUGUAGUACCUCCCUCCUUAUUUUAGGAAAUUUUUCUUCUAAGAUUUUGUCAUCAAUAUUUCCUGAGAAUUUGAUCUCAUAUUCUCCUUCUUCUAUUCCUACUAUCCUUAUAUUUUAUCUUUUCACAAUGUCCUGGAUUUUCUGGAUAUUUUAUGUCAGGAAGUUUUAGAUUUAACAUUUUCUUUGUGUGAUAUAACCAUCCCUUCUAUUGUAUCUUCAAAGCUUGAGAUUUGUCUUCCAUCCUUGUACUCUGUUUGUGAAACUUGCCUCCAUAGUUCCUUUUUGCAGUCCUAAAGUUUUGUUUCCAUUAUUCCCUCAGUUUGUGCUUUCAUUAUUGUUUCUAUUUCCACUUUUAGGUAUUCAACAGUUUUGUUUACUUCUACUCUUGGUUUGUUUUUCUUGGCUUUAUUUAUAAGAUUUGUUGGUUUCCUCCACUUUUUUGUUUGUGUUUUCCUGGCUGUCUUUGAGGUAUUUAUUGAUUUCCUCCAAUUGUUUGUGUUUUCUUGGAUUUCUUUAAGUCAUUUAGUCAUUUCCACUUUAAGGGCCUCUAUCAUCUUCAUACAGUUGGCUUCAAAGCUAUUUUCUUGUACUUCAGCCAUGUUGGAAUAUUUAAGACCUUCUUUGGCAAUAUAAAUGGACUCACAGUCAUUAACCAGAGGGUGAAAAAUGUUAGUCCUUAUUACAUAAUCAAGUACCAACAUCAUGGAAUCGAAUGUGGCUAUAACUUCUGGAAGUGAAAAGGUCUAUUUUAUGUCACUGUACUUGAUAUACAAUAGUCUGUUUCCACACAAUGAAAUUUAUGGUGGGAUCCACCAUAGGCUCCAUGAUAGAUUCUAUGAAGUAUUCAGCUUAUAUUUAACCCAAUGUUUGAUUAAUGCCAUUGUUGUUUUUUCUUUUUAAAUUGGGCAAGGAGGCAAGUGAAGCACUUUUUAAAUAAGUUACUUUUGUUGAGAUGAUGGUUUUAAUAACAUCGCUUGCAAUCACUAACCCUGGAGUCACCAUUACAAAAAAAAAAAAAAAGAUCUGAUGGUGACGUUGUAAUAAUUUCCUAAUUUGCAGAGUGUAUUUAUUCAUGUCAGGUGAAUGAAGAUAGCCUAGAUUGAUAAGUAUUUAAUUUGGGAACUUUAGUAUAACCCAAGGAAUAUUAAAUUUCCAACUUUGGAGAUAUGUCCAAUGCACUUUCAGAGUUAAGUCAGGUCAGAUGAUUGAGACACAGGCCAUUGGCUGUAGCUGUGUGUUUCAUGUUACAGAGCACAGAAGCUAACAUUGCACAUAGCAGCCAGGUCAAAGAGUACUGCAUUAAUGCCACUUUCUCUGCCAGGAAACCAUCUACUCUUUUUCAAACUCAAUGUAGAUAUAUAUUUUUUGUUCACAGGAAUGUUGUCUGUAGCUGAGGCUUGCCUCUUUGUAUGUAAUUGAGAAUUGCUUUGAGCACCGAAUCCUUUCUCUGCUGCUCAGUACUGGAAAGAGUGUCUUGCAACUCUUCCAGACUGGUCCUUGACUGGUCAGCGCAAAACAAAAUAUAACAAAAAUAUAACACUGAGUGUGUUUCCUCUGGCUUUUCUUGGGUCUUUAAAUGAAGAGGGACAAAAAAAAAAAAAUGAAGAGGGACUGUGUGUAUAACAGUAUUGGGAAAACAAGGAGAAUCAAUAGUAAAAUAUUAAAAUAAUUCUCUAUGUGGGAAAAUAAAGUUUAGCUUUUGGGUUUUCUAUUUG